UUCGAGUGUGUUCUCACCGGACUGCUCUGUGAACGGCGUGGCGCAGCGACCAGCACCAGGAAGCAGACUUGACUUAAGAGCCCAUUAACUUCUCUCAGCACACAAAAAGAAUUAAAAAAAAAAAAGAAUCCAGAAAGCAUGUCUAGCUACCACAAGCCCGACGAGAAAACCCUGCAGGGGCUGAAGGACGUCGCCAACAAGCUGCGGAUCCACUCCAUCAAGGCUACGUGCGCCUCCAACUCCGGUCACCCGACAUCAUGCUGCAGUGCAGCCGAGCUCAUGUCUGUGCUCUUCUUCCACACCAUGCGCUACAAAGCCGACGAUCCUCGCAACCAGUGCAACGAUCGUUUUGUGCUCUCAAAGGGCCACGCUGCACCUAUCCUGUAUGCUGCCUGGGCAGAAGCAGGUUUUGUGAAGGAGUCUGAUCUGCUCAACCUGCGCAAGAUUGAUUGCGACCUGGAGGGGCAUCCUACACCAAAACUGGAUUUUGUAGAUGUGGCAACAGGCUCUCUGGGACAGGGUCUCGGGGCUGCCUGUGGGAUGGCCUACACUGGCAAAAACUUCGACAAAUCCAGUUACCGCGUAUACUGCAUGCUGGGUGACGGAGAAUGUUCAGAGGGUUCCGUGUGGGAGGCCAUGGCCUUUGCCUCCUACUACAAGCUGGACAACCUGGUGGCCAUCAUGGACAUCAACCGGCUAGGUCAGAGCGAGGCUGCGCCCCUGAAGCACGACAUGGAGGUCUACCGCAAACGCUGUGAAGCUUUUGGGUGGAACACUUAUGUUGUGGAUGGACACGAUGUGGAGGAGCUGUGCAAAGCGCUCUGGCAGGCUCAGCAGGUCAAGGGCAAACCCACUUGCAUUGUAGCCAAGACUUUCAAGGGCAAAGGACUCAAAAAUAUUGAGGAUCUUGAUAACUGGCAUGGAAAGCCCAUCCCCAAGGAUAAAGUCGACAACAUCCUGAAAGAUCUAAAUGCUCAGAUCCAGGUCCCCAACAAGACCCUUUGCCCCGAACUCCCCAAUGAUGACACGGCACCUGCAGACCUCAGCAUCAUCUCCCUACCCUCACCCCCAGCCUACAAAAAAGGAGACAAGAUGGCGACAAGGCGAGCAUACGGUGUAGCUCUAGCCAAGCUGGGCGAGGCGAGCCAGAGAGUGGUGGCUCUUGAUGGAGACACCAAGAACUCCACCUUCUCGGAGACCUUCAAGAAGGCCUUCCCUGACCGUUACAUCGAGUGUUUCAUCGCCGAACAGAACAUGGUCGGAGUGGCCAUUGGCUGCGCCACCCGUGACCGCACGGUCGCAUUCGCCAGCACAUUUGCCGCCUUCCUGUCUAGAGCCUAUGACCAGAUCCGCAUGGGAGCCAUCUCUCAGUCGAACGUCAACCUGGUGGGAUCCCACUGUGGAAUCUCCAUCGGUGAGGAUGGUCCUUCCCAGAUGGCCCUGGAGGACUUGGCCAUGUUCCGUGCCAUCCCAACAUGCACUGUGUUUUACCCCAGUGACGCAGUGUCCACGGAGAGGGCUGUCGAGCUAUCGGCCAACACAAAGGGUAUCUGUUUCAUCCGUACCAGUAGACCAGAGACCGCAGUCCUCUACUCUCCAGAUGAGAAGUUUGAAGUGGGUGUAGCCAAGGUGGUGCGGCAGUCUGACAAUGAUCAGGUGACUGUGAUUGGAGCUGGUAUUACUCUCCACGAGGCCCUUGCUGCUGCUGACAUGCUGGCCAGUGAAGGAAAGAACAUCCGAGUGAUUGACCCGUUCACCAUCAAGCCUCUGGAUGCUGCUACCAUUCUUUCCAGUGCCAGAGCCACAGGUGGUCAAAUCAUCACCGUGGAGGACCACUACAAGGAGGGUGGUCUUGGUGAGGCAGUGCUGGCAGCAGUGGGCGCGGAGCCCGGCAUCAUUGUGAACAGACUGGCCGUCUCCGGCGUUCCCCGCAGUGGAAAGCCCACUGAGCUGCUGGACCUGUUUGGCAUAAGCGCCAAGCACAUUGCUAAGGCCGUGCGUCAGACCUUUGCAAACUAAGCGAUGCUCCGGAUCUCCCACUUGUUGCUCUGUUGAGUCGCACCCAACCUUCUGCCUAACUUAACAGCUCCCUGGCAUGUUCACACGAGGACCAUUGACUUCUGUGCUCAAAUACCAUCUUGUAGCUUUGACUCAAGUGCAGUGCAUCAUUGACACAGCUGAAGUGAUGGAGGGAUGGCCGCAAAGUGUGGUCAGAGCCUUUAGUGUUAAUAAUAUUCCUUUCUGUAAGGACCUACUAGUAACCUCUUACCAGGUUCUGCUCAUCCUGCGACAGCAUUCCUUUCUCGUUUCCUGUAUGCUUGAAUUGGCUCAGACAAAAGCUUCGCAGAAUACUGUAAAUGUGGUAUGCCAACAGUUGGAUUCAAAAUCCCAUCAUACCAGCAAUCUGUCCACGUUCGGAACCUUCCUGAACUGUCAGGCCACAACUACUGUUGCGUUAGGUCUUUUCUUUUCCAUAUUCUCAAUCUCCAUGCCUCAUGUCCUUUUCACUUGUCUUACAUUCCAUCUUUUUUUUUUCUCAGAGCAGUUACUGUUUGUCACAUCUAAUGUACUAGAUUACUUUUGUAGCUGUGUUCAGCUACAGUUGUAAAUGCUUUGGCUGAGUACCAGAACUGUUCUUCAAAGACCCAGUGUGAAAAGUUGAACCAGUUUAAAUCUGGACAGUUUUAUCAUUCCUCUCGCAGUUCCUGACCACAUGGGCAAUCACAGUAUUACUUGCAUUUCAGGUCACCUGUCGUCCUGUUCAUUUCUGUGAUGUGCUGAAAUAAAAAUAAUUGACCCAAAAA